UUAUGGUUUGUAAUGCGAGAUUGGCCAAUAAAAAUAACGCUUUCAUUUUAACAAAGGCUAUGAAGUACAAUUUUUCGACAGUGCUUUCGUUUUAAUGAUCUAACGAUUAACUAUAGACGUGCAAUUAAGUAGAAUUAAUUCUUUGUAGUCUCAUCCAGAAAAGCCUUGGUACAAUGGCUGGUGUUUUAGUGCCUAAAAUUGUUUUCAAACUGAAGUUUUACUUAUUAUAACCUGUAACUCCCUCGUGGGUGUUGUCGUGUUUAGCUGUCAUCACACUAAAGCUUUUAAAUAACUUUACACGCCGCAAAGUCAUCGUGCUUUCAUCCCUGUUAUAGUUAGGUACUAAGGUUUGCUGAGAAUAAGAAAACAGCAUUACUUAUGUGAAGAUUCUGGAUUUUUGUUUUAUAAAUUUAUAUGUAUUAUGUAUGUACACUAUUUACAGAUAUGCUGAGUUAAAUGUAUGAGAAUCUGGCAUGUUUCAUGAUGGUAAUUCUGAAAUGGCCUGUAAGGUUCCAUAUUACUAUAGUGAAUUGAAAAAGUGUGCUGCUGUUGAGGCAGAGAAGAAUAACUUAAAUAAGGUAGAAAAUCCAUAUGAAAAAGGACAUGGGUUUGAUAACCCUUUGUUGGCCAUUGAACCUGAUAUAAGUACAUGUGAUAUACCAGAAAAAGUUGCUACUUUCCAAAAAAAAAAGAAGAAGAAGAAAGCCUUUGCAACGCCAGUGUAUCGUCGAUCUAAUUCUUUGAUUACAAAUGGUCUCAUGUCUCCACGCACUAAUUAUGCUCGUAAGGAAGUUGUCUCUGCUGGAGAGGGAACAGCUGGUGUUCCUCAAAAAAGCAGUGAACAGUGUCAUAAAAGACGUAGCUCUGAACCAAAUAUAUAUGAAGAGAUACCAGAGCAGUCUCAUGAAGACUCCUCUUGUUACUCUGGAAGUGUAAAAGGUUUUACAGGUGUACCUAGAUGGCCUCCAGGUACCACUAGAUCUCGAGAUUCUGACAGAUCUUCCACUUAUUCUUCAAAAGUAGUUUUAGAUGAAGUGGAAAAAGUUCAGCAGAGACAUGCUCAAAUUUUAGAAAAUCUUAAUUUAGAUGUAGAAGCAAUGUUAAUGCCUGAAGAUGCUGCAUGUUCAGAAGAUUUGUGUUCAGAAGGAAGCAAACUGCCAGAUCACAGUGCAACAUUAGAAGCAAAAGCAUCUCAUAUAUUGAGUCCUGGUACCCCGCCUUUAUAUUUUGCUUCUUCCCGGUGGCAAGGAGCAGGAACAUUACCAAAGCCAGCUACUGCAAGCCUUGGACGACGUGUGAUGAAUGAAUAUAUUCUUCAGCAAUCCGAUUUCUGCCCAGGUUCAAAGACCACAGGAGGACGAGGGCAGAAAACAGCCCAGAGGUUGAAUGCCCCUACAUAUGCAGGAAAAUCAAACGAAGAACCUUUAUACAUGCUUUAUGAUGACACCCAUAGACAACAACUAUGUUCUUCACGAGGUUUGCAAACUCCAGAAGAUAACAUAUAUGAAGAAGUGGAUUUGCAACAGAUUAAUCAGGCUGAUGAAGAUUUUGCUGAUACUGUUAGUUGGAUAGACUCUGAAGCUGGUAUCGAUCAGUCUGCUAGUUCUGCCAGUGAAGAGCUUGAAGAAGAAACAAGCUCAACGAAACUAGCAGCCCGUUUUAUUGGUAAAAAGAAGAAAAAUUCUAAAAAGGGAAAAGAAAAUGAGGGUAUUGCUGGUGGUUUCACGAGGUGGUUUUCUACUAGGAAAAAAGAAUAUGAAUUAGAAAAAUGUGUAAAAAUUAACAGACAGUCGCAAGUGCUGUAUGCAGAUGAAGAUGGGUAUGUUGAUGUGAAAAUUCCGAAAAAGCAACGUCCUCCUCUCUCUUUACCGCCUAUGCCUCCAGAUCUUAGUCCAGAAAAAAUGAAAAGAAGGUACAUAGUUGGGAGCAUUGUUGAUAGUGAAAACUCGUACCUAAAUUCAUUGCAAAGACUCAUAAGGGAUUACAAACAUCCGUUAGAAGAUUCCACUCCACCAAUUGUUAGUGCCAACAAAAUAAGUAUAAUGUUUCACCGGGUCGAACAAAUCUUACAGUGUCAUAAUAUUUUUGGAAUUGCCCUUACACAGUGCGUUCGGCAGUGGGAUCAAGAGGAAAAAAUAGGAGAUAUAUUUGUUGCAUCUUUUUCCAAGACAAUGGUUUUGGAUAUUUAUAGUGAUUUUAUAAAUAACUUCUCACUGGCUAUGGAAACAGCUAAGCAAGCAUCAAAAAAUAAAUCUGCCUUUGCUGAUUUUUUAAAAGUGAAACAGAUUAACAGUGCAGACAGACUUUCAUUCUUUGGCCUUAUGGUGAAACCUGUCCAGAGGUUCCCUCAGUUCAUUUUAAUGCUUCAAGAUUUAUUAAAAGAUACACCUCCGGGUCAUCAUGAUCGGAUGUCUUUACAACUGGCACUAACUCAACUAGAAUCUUUAGCAGAGACAUUAAAUGAAAGAAAGCGGGAAGCUGAACAGCAUCAUGCUGUAAGAGAAGUGUUGAAACACCUUGGGAAAUUCUCAUUCAAAUCUUCAAUAGAUAGGGAUCAUUACUUACUUAGACAAGAUGAUGUUAUUCAGCUUCAGCUAGAUCAAAAUGGGCUUGUUGUAAAAUCUAAAGAUAGAAGACUUUUCCUCCUAAAUGAUCUUUUGGUAUCUGUGGCUGUUACUCCAAGGAGCACAGAUGGAAUUUUAAAUGGUGAAAGACUGAAUUUGAAGUGGGCCGUCCCAUUACAAGAAGUUGAAGUUCAUGACGAUAUUGUAUUUUCUACAAAGAAUCUUAUAGUUUCUUCAGGGCGUUAUAAAAAUUUUGGUAGCCGUAGUUUUGAACGAACUUCUGAUAUUUCAACUGACAGAACUCUGUAUGAUGAGCUUCGAGAUUUGGUACAUGACAAGGAUGUUAUCAGCAGAAUUGAAGCUUUAGUGUCAUCUUUGAGACGUUCUUAUGAUGCUUUGAGUGCAGAAGUUGUUCAGAGUAUAUCUGUAACUGUGCAAGAAUUAAUUCGACAAAAAUGUGAAGAGAUCAAUCUUUUAGACAGUUGUUGUUUGCAGUUAGCUGUUCCAGUUAGAUCUAGGUCAAAUAAGGAAAGUAUAUGUUUUCAAAUGGCAAGUCCUAAUGUGAAGAGAGAUUGGACAACUGAUUUGAGACUUGCAAAACUUGCAUUAGAUCCUAACAAUACUCCAGCAUGGGAUAUACCAGAGCAAGAAAAGAGACCUAGCAGUAAAAUGCCUUUGUUUGUUAAGACCUUUCCUGUAUUUCAAGCCUCUUCUUCAGCAGAAGUCAAGUGUGGAUGUCAUUACAUUGUGAAUAGUUCAGUUCCUCAGCAAUAUCUAUGGCUUUGUUCUUCCGAUGGUGUGAAUAGUCAUUUAGUUGUAAUGGCUGUGCAUUUGACUCAUCUUCGACAAGUAGCUGUUUAUCAUCUUAGUGAAACGCAGAUAAUUGCAAUUGAAGCUGUACCUGGAGUCCCAUUGUCAAAAGAAUGUUCUGAUUCUGAUAAUAAUUCUAGUGUUGGUUUGAGUUCUGUGCAGUCUGUCGAAACAGUUUGGAUGGGAACAGACAGUAAAAAAAUACUUGUAUUAGAAGGUUCAUGUCCAGAAAAGUGGGAAGAAAUUGGAAGUGCAGUUGUUCCUGCAGCAAUUAUUCAAUUAAAAUAUCACUGGAAUCAGUUGUACACUGCCUUAGCUAAUGGAACAGUUGUAAUCUUUCACAGGGAUACUGAUGGCCAGUGGUUGUUGCAAGAUCCAACAACUGUUGCACUAGAUCAGUCCCCAGUAACAUGUUUAUUACCAGUAGGUUUAACUAUGUAUUGUGCAUCUGGUUCCAAAAUAUGGGUAGUGGAUUCCCUCACAGCUGAUAUUCAGCGGAAUUAUUCAGUUCAUCAUGAUGGAGAUGGACAGGCAUAUAUUUUAGCUCAUUCUGGAACUGGUUUGUGGAUUGCUUUAAAAAAUUCUGCCACAAUUUGUUUAUAUCAUACUGAAACAUUUCGCCAUUUGCAAGAUAUCAAUGUUGCUGCAAAUGUCAACAGAAUACUUGCAGCAAAAGAGAAAGAAAAAUCCCCCCAUAUGAUCUAUGUCACAUCUCUUCUUGCUAGUAAAGGCUUACUUUGGGUUGGGACAAAUGUUGGAAUAAUAUUGACUGUUCCUCUUCCUCGUUUAGAAGGUGUGCCCAUUAUAACUGGACGUGUAAGUUUGGCAUUUCAUGCACAUCAAGGGCCUGUACAGUUACUGCUCAGUUUGCAGCCAAAAGCUAUGUCUCUUACUAGCUUAUCUACUGAAAGAAGGCCUGCAAGUGCAGAUGGAGAGUCAGAGUCAGUCUGUCUUUCUCCAAGAGCAAGAGUAAUAAAGCAGGUUUCUGAUUCUGCUUUGCCAUCUCCAGUAUAUAACAAAAAAUUUCCAGGAUCUCGACCGAAUGUUGAUGAUAUCCAUGCUUCUGGAGCCAAAACUCUUCCUCGUGGAAUGUCAUUAUGCUCUCAUAUUUCUCCUCAGGAUAGCAUGGAAGAGUCAAAUGAUGUUUAUGGUCUGUAUGCUGAUUUGAUGAAUGUUCAAGAUUAUGAAAAAGAUAGUCAGGAAAAAUUGUAUGAGCGCCUUAAUCAUAGUGAUCCAGAAUUAGUUCAUUUUCACCUUAAUACAUUAGAUAGAAGGGUUCAGCAGAAGUCUGGUCGUCCCAGGUCUUGGGAUUUAUCCACCAUGGCUGUGUCAGAGGAUUCUGAUUCUUCUGCUGCUUAUGAUACAGCUUCUACAGCAACGUCUACUGCUACUACUGAAAUUAGUGUUCAUUCACCUGAAUCCACUGUUGAAGAAGUUCAUUCUCCUGUACAGAAAAUUUGUGAAGAAUCUCAUAACUUACCUACGCAAGUUACUUUAGGACGAACAGUAUAUAAGUCAGUACCAAAGUCUGUUACGGAUUCCACUCAAAAGACUGUUCUAAUGUUGACAGGUGGCUGUGGCUAUAUCAAUUGGCGUAAACCAGUGAAAGAUCAUGAUUCAAAAUCAUGCCUUGAUGCACAUGUAAUGAUCUGGGAAGUUAAACUGUAAAUACUCAUAAGGACUUUUGUAAAUAUACUUUAAAAGAAAGAAAAUCUCAACAUUGACAUUUCUCAAUUUUAGAAGGAUUUAAGUACAUUAUUACAUCAACAAUGUCUAGUUUCAUUCCGUCAUUAAGUUUGUACCGUAAGUGAAAUGCUGCUUGAGUGAUAAGAGUUGAAAUAUAAAAAGUGCAUUUUAAUACAUCUGUCAUUUUGUUAAUUUUAAUUAGAAGCUGGUAUAUAUAUAUACCUUUGUGAGAUUUAUAUUUAUGUAAAGUAUGUUUUGUUUCUUAUUUGAAAGUAUAUAAUUUGCAGUGUUUAAACUUUUGCUACUAGACCAACAAAAGAAAAAAGCCCCCCCCUUCCGAAAAAAAAGGGAAAGAAAAAGAAAAUCUUGGAGAAGUAAAUUAAUUGUUUUUUUUUUUUUUUUUUUUUUUUUUUUUUUUUUUUUUGUCAUCAUUAUUUCAAUUUAAACUGAUUCCGAUUAUUGGUUAUGAAAAUUUAUAGGAAAUAUUUUUAAAAAAGUAGGUUGUUUAAACAUACUUAGGUUUUCUUUCAUCAUAUUAGGGUGUAUAAGAAUAUAGUAUCUGAGAUUUAGAGGCUGUUUAAAAAUUCUGUAAUGUAUAAAUUUACUAUGUAAAUUCUUUGAAUUGAUUAUAAAAUAUCAGAAAGUAAAUUUCUUUCAUAUACUGUUUUUUUCCCAUUUGGCAUGCGACAUUUUAAUGGUGUUAAAUAAAUAAAAAGCAUUUCCUGACUUUAUCUAACUAAUGAAACUAUGUUGCAAUUCAUGAUUUGGAUCUUUGUUUUAUUUUUUACUUUUGUUUAUAAUUAUUAUGGUCUUUAAUACUUAAACAGUGAAGGAUUAUGUUAUAGACAGCUAAUUUAUCAAAUAUAUUGUAUAACUUCAUAAAAAUGUCCAAAAAAUUCGAU